UUUAAGCAAGACACAAAUUCAACUAAAUGGAUUGAAUAUGGAGACAUCUUACAGAAUUGCUAUAUGUGUCGUGACAAAAAUUACUACAGAUGGGGCUGUUGGUGUACCGAUAAAGUCAAAAAGAACAAAACGAUGACCACCAACACUGUAGUUCGUAAUGAUUUAAAGACAAUCCAAGAAGCACGAUACAUAAGAUUCUUACCUGUAGAAUUUUUCGGUUUUGACAAGACGAUGAGAGUUAACGUGUUUUUCGUCAAUCAAGAAGCACCACGUGUUAACGCCACACCCUCUGAACGAUCAAUAUUUGUACAAUGGACUAUUCAACCAUGUGGUAAACUAACUACAAAAAUCACUGGCUACCUUGUGGACGUAAGCACAAAAGAAGCCAGGAAAUCGAUCAGAGUUGGUCCACUUAUUAUAAGCAAAAACAUCACAGGGCUUCAGCCAAACACUGAAUAUAAAAUACGAGUCAAGGCUGUCCCGUAUGGAUUAUGGAGUGAUAACAAUACUAUCCAGACCGAAAUGGCAGGUUUGUUAUUUUAACUUAAUGAGCUUCAUGUUAAUGGUUGUAAUUUUUACGUACAUAAUGUCUUAACA